UGUACACAUGCGCAGUGCGGCCGGCGUGCCAGGGUGACCUAGUUCCCUGACAGAGCUACGAUGUUGACCAGGUUCCUGGGCCCGCGCUACCGGGAGCUAGCUAAGAACUGGACCCCGACAGCCACCAUGUGGGGUGCUGUGGGUGCUGUGGGGCUGGUGUGGGCCACUGACUGGCGGCUGAUCCUGGACUGGGUACCAUACAUCAGCGGCAAGUUUAAGAAGGAUGAUUAGCUACCCCUUUCAGACCCCUGCGGCGUCCAGCGGUGCCAGAUCCUCCCAGCACAGCGUCCACUGCGUGCAGAGAGCCCUAAGGACAGACACGAAGGAAGCCCACGGCACAGCCUGGGAGUGUCUCUGCUGCUCAGCACUUGAUAUUGUAAUGCUCCGAGCAUUAAACUUCACUGUCAAACCUCC